AUGGAUAGCAAUUCAAGCACCGUUGAGAAGAUAAUCGAAGACAUGCGAGCAGAUUUAAACUGGCAGAAAGAGGAGGCUCGAGCCUUGGAUGUCUCCCUGGCGAAGAGCGGUCACUCUCGCACUUCCUCCAACGCUUUCCAUGACAUGUUAAGUCUGAUCUUGAGCGAAACAGGCCGUAUUACAAAGGACGUCGAUAAUGCGGCGUUGGUUAUAGAGAAAGACAAAAGCCCAUUUCGGAGUCUAUUGGGGAUGAAAGCGGACGUUCCUUUUAAUAGAAUCCGGGAUGAGAUUACAGCUAAUAACAUGGCUCUAAUGGUCUUUUUAAGAUAUCAUCAUGGGGGUCUACUAUCCCGAAAUAAGAAGCCCAUCUUGACAGAGCCGGUUGGACCUAAGUCAGAAAGGUUGUCCAGACUGAUCUCAGAAGAAGCUUCCGAGUCCCAAUCGGCAGAACCAAGGAACCCACAGAGCAAUGGAGGCGAUAGAAACCUACAUCGCAAUGGAGGUGGAAGAAACCCAGAGGGAAUUGGAAGCGGAACGAUUAGUCCACCACAACGAAUGCCGCCCGAAGUGAUUACUGAAUUAACAGCUUAUUUGGAAUCGAGGAAAUUAAGCCAACUGGAAGAAUGA